AUGAGUCUUUGGACCCCACCCAGACUCCUGGACCUGGCAGCUAUGAGCCUGCUAAGGAAUGAGGACUUGGCCAUGAGUGCUUUGGAGUUUCUGCCUAUCGAGCUCUUCCCCCCACUCUUCAUGGAAGCCUUCUAUGGGAGUCACAGUAAGACCCUGAAGACUAUGGUGCAUGCCUGGCCUUUCGUCCGCCUGCCUCUGGGGGGCCUGAUGGAGCCGCCUCAUCUGAUAACCUUACAAGCAGUACUGGAUGGACUUGAUGUCCUGCUUACCCAGAAGGAGCGCCCCAGGAGGUGCAAACUGCAGGUGCUGGAUUUAAGGAAUACUGGCCAGAACUUCUGGAGCAUGUGGUCUGGAUGCACAGACCACAUGUCCUCAAGCUUGCUGGCAGCAUCAGUUCCUCAGAACAGGUCAAGGACAGAGCAGCCCUUGGCUCCCUUGGAGGUGUUCGUAGAGAUGAGCCUCAAGGAAUGGGCCAUGGAUGAAUUCCUCACCUACCUCAUGCGGUGGGCAGAAGAGAGAAAAGAUUCCAUACACCUGUGCUGUAAGAAGCUGAAGAUCUUUGGAAUGCCUGUGGAAAAUAUUAUGAAGGUCCUGAGUAUGGUACAGCUGGACUGUAUCCAGGAUGUAGAAGUCAACCAGAACUGGCAUCUGUCCAGCCUGGCCACAUUCGCUCCUCUCCUGGGCCAGAUGAGUAAUGUGCAGAGACUCAUACUUUCUGCCUCUGAGGAGCAGGAACAGCAUGUUGUUGUCCAGUUUACCUCUCAGUUCCUCAAGCUGCACCACCUCCGAGAUCUCUAUCUGGAAUCUCCCUUCUUCCUAUCAGGCCGCCUGGACCAGAUGCUCAGGUGUCUGAUGAGCCCCUUGGAUAACCUUGCAAUAACUCACUGCCUCCUUACAGAAUCAGACUUGACCCACCUGUCCCAGUGCCCGAGCAUCAGUCAGCUAAAAGGCUUAGAUCUGAGUGGUAUCACCGUGGCUGACUUUAGUCCUGAGCUCCUUCAAGUUCUGCUGGAGCAAGUUGCAGAUACCCUCCAGGUAUUGGACUUAAAUCAGUGUGAGAUCAUGGACUCCCAAGUCGAGGCCAUCGUGCCUGCCCUGAGCCACUGCUCCCAACUCAGGUCCUUCAGCAUGUGUGGGAACCUCCUCUCCAUGGCUGCUAUGGAGAAGCUGCUGCGUCACACCUCAGGGCUGCCCAGUUUAAGUCAAGAGUUUUACCCAGCCCCUCUGGAGAGUAACAGCUCUCAGGCAGUUCUUUCAGAAGAGAGACUUGCCCAGCUUCGAGCUGAGCUUUUGGAGAUUCUGAGAGAUUUGGGACAUCCCAGGACCAUCUGGCUUAACUUCGUCUUCUUUGCUUCCUAUGACUACGACAAAUACUCUCAUUUAGAAAUCAUUGAAUACGUCCCUGCCUAG